AUGGCGAGGCGCGGCGGCCCGCGGCCCGCCCUGCCUGCUGUGAGGCGCCUGCAGAACGCGGGGCACGCACGCACGCACGAGGACCCCCGACGGCGCGGGGCUUCCACCGCAGCCCGAGACGCGGAGAAGAGUGCGGGCGGCGCCGGGCGGGACCGGGCGGGACAAGUCGUCCUCCAGCUUCCAGGGCUUUACACCCCCGGGGACAGAGCCCCAGACAAGAGCGUGGAGACGCGGAGCCCGCCAAAUGCUGAGUAUAACUAUGCUGUACAAUCUGAGGGCUGUGUUGCCAGCACAGCACCCUAUAAUGAGAAGACCAGCUCCCCAUCGGCAGUGGAGACAGGCUCUUGUGCCCAUGAGCCCCUAAGCCUUGACAGCAUGGGCCCCUACUGCAAGACUGCUGCAGAUCUGGGUGGGAAGUGCUGCUCCCCGAGUUCAAAUCAUUCUUCUGAAAACUCAGUGCCUGAAGGCCCCAGGCUCCGAGAGGAGCUGAGCUUGCUGAAGUGUCUGACAGAAGAUGGCCAGCGUCCGGAGUGGACAUUUUACCCAAGGCCCAGCAGUAAUAUCCACACCUACCACGUUGGAAAGCAGUGCCUCUUUAAUGGGGUUUUCCUUGGCAACAAGAGGUCUCUGGCAGAAAGGACAGUGGACAAGAUGCUUGGGAGGAAGAAAUACGAUAUCGAUCCCAGGAAUGGGAUCCCAACACUGAAUCCAGGAGAUAAUCCGUAUAUGAUUCCAGAACAGAGUAAGGGCUUCUACAAAGCAGGUGCAACCCUACCACCAGUGAACUUUGCAUUAGUGCCUUAUGAGAAGAAAUUUGAUACAUUUAUUCCACUUGAGCCUCUUCCACAAAUUCCCACCUUGCCUUUCUCGGAGAAGGAGAAAGCGAACAACUUAAAGAAUGAGAUAAAAGAAGUUGAGGAGCUUGAAUAUUGGCAGCCUGCACCUACAUUAGUACAGAGCAUAUUUCUUUCUGGUGCUUUGGACUUCCCAAGAAAACCCUGAGCAGAAACACGCUCAGAAACACGCCCACAAAACACUCACUUGACUGCACUCCAGCGAGCUCCAUCCAGUUGCUGUGUUUUGACAAUGUCUCUGUUUUAAAUCAUUGCUUCUCUGACGAAUCACUGUACUUUGCCUUGUUGAGCUUUAAAUUUUGAAAUCUUGCAGAACUUGUAGAGAAGUUGUGAGACUUUUACACACUUGCAUAUGCUUCAUCUACAUUCUGUGAUUGUAAACACCUCUCCAGAUCCUCCCUCUGUGUCUCUUUUAUAUUAUUACUGUGACUACUUUGUUGAGCUACUUAACACGGAGUGGCAGACAUCUUAAUCUUGUAUACCUACAUGACUACAAGUAUGGCUCCCCUAAAGCCAAAUGAAUUUUUUAACAAGAACAAUUGGAUCAACUUCAAAGAAUUUAAUACUGAUCAACAGUAUUACUAAUAUUCAGUCCACAUUCACUUUUAUUCAGAUGGGUUUAGUUUUCUAAAGAUACCCUCAAUGUAAGGUCUAACAAUUGUACAAAGUGGAUAGCUUAAAAACAUCAGGAAUUUAUUUCUCAUAGUUCUGGAGUCUAGGAGUUUUAAUGCAGUUCAUAGGUGGUACCUCAUUGUUGUGUCCUCAUAUGGCAGAAGGUGUUGGUUAGCUCUCUGAGAUCUUUCUCUCUCUUUUUUUUUUUGACAUGAGGUCUCCCCAUGUUACUUAGGCUAGUCUCAGUCUCCUGAGGAUUAUAGACAUGUACUAUUUUACCCACCUCUGGGGUCUACUUUAUGAGUUCUGAUUGCAUUCUUUCCCACUUGCCUUGCCUGCUAAUUAUUCAAUCUCCUAAUACUAUUACCUUGAGAGUUAGAUUUCAACACAUGAUUGUUUUGGAGGGAGGAUAUGGCUUGAGGUUCAUAGAAGUGAACCUUCAUUCUUUUUGGCUAAAACAAUUCUCAUUGAUUGGCCAUAGCACAUUCUCAUUUAUUUAAUACUUUUUGGUAUUUUCUCAAAUACUCAAGUUUGUACAUGUCAGAAAAAUGAAAGGGCUAUAAUUAGACAAUGGAUACUAUUGUCCAGUACAUUUCAGUCUUGUCUUAUCUAAUACAGCAGGGAAUUUUGGUCAUCUUUAUUCUUAGAGCUUCUCACACAUUGCAGAAGCAAUUAUUUGGAGAAGGUGAAAAGAAAAGCCUGCUCUCCAGUCAGGCUGUGACAUGGGCAUAUGCCAGCCUCUCAGCGUCUUCCUAGCCUACAGCCUUGUCCACAAGGUGGGAUUAUUGGUUGGUGAUUGAGGACUGCAGAUCUGGUCUCCCUGAAACCUUAUUGUGGAAAAGAUGUUUUAAGACCCAUGCUGAUACCAAAAGUGCCCAAUACAUGAGAUGAUUUCUUUCCCUGUCAAAACAUUUAUUGUCUCCAGACAGCCAAUGUGAAUGAAGAGGUUUAGAACUCAGUACAUUCAUGCUACCUUUUGUGCUGGAAGACUAGCUGGCAGAGAACAGGGUACCUACACCAGCUGCUGUGCCUGACCACUCCUUGAAGUGAUAUCAGCAGGUAUCUGUGCUAAUUCUCUGCCUCCUGGGACACAAGGACCAUCCAAAUAAAACCAAACAAUUCAGAAAAGCCAAAGGAAUUUUCCAACAAUGUUUCCAUAACCCAUUAACU